CAUUGUAGAUUUUAAGAGCAUCAUAUCAGAUUUGAGUAUUUUGUUAUCUCUAGAGGAUCUGCAACACGACCAUUAUCUGGGAACUAGAGAAAAAUUUAAUCAGGGUACUACAUGAAAACAAAAAAAAUGAGGUUUCUAUGUCAACUAUCAAUUAUCCCUCUUCUAUUUGGAGCUAUGGUCAUUUGUCAGCAUGAAGGUUAUGACUUUGAGGAUGAAUAUGACCAAGAGCCAGAUGAUGAAUACCCACCUAUUUUUCAUUUUAAUCCCAGUGUAGAAUAUGUAGUUCCUCAUUUUCCUACUCCAGCCAAGUGUGCUCAAGAAUGCUUUUGCCCACCAACUUUUCCAUUAUCAAUGUAUUGUGACCAUCGGAAACUUAAGAUGAUACCACAUAUUCCUUCUCACAUCCAACAACUCUAUCUUCAGCAUAAUGACAUUGAAGCUGUGACUGCAGAAUCUUUUGUUAAUGCCACUGCCUUGAGAGAAAUUAACCUUAGCCAUAACAAAAUUAAAUCUCAUAUGAUUGACCAUGGUGUUUUUGCCAAACUUUCAAAUCUUGUGCAACUUCACUUAGAACACAAUAAAUUGGAUGAAUUUCCAUUUCCUCUUCCCAGCUCUCUAGAACGACUCUUUCUCAGUUCCAAUGAGAUUUCCAGAUUACCUGGAAAUGCCCUGCAAGGGUUAGUAAAUGUGACCAUGCUUGAUCUCUGCAAUAACUAUCUUGAUGACUCCCUACUCAAAGGAAAAUACUUGUCAAAUAUGAAAAAUCUAAUGCAGAUCAACCUAUGCAACAACAGAUUACAGACUAUGCCUCCUGAUCUCCCAUUUUCACUUAUAUAUCUCUCUCUCGAAAAUAACUUAAUUUCUUACAUUCCAGAAAACUAUUUCAAUAGACUUCCAAAAAUAACUGCUCUAAGAAUGUCACACAACAACCUGCAGGAAGUCCCAUAUAAUGUUUUUAACCUUUCCAACCUUGUAGAACUCAAUCUUGGACACAACAAGCUGAAGCAAGCAUUCUAUAUUCCAAGAAGUCUGCAGCAUUUGUAUAUUGAAGACAAUGACAUUGAAUUUGUAAAUAUUACUUUGAUGUGUCCUUCUAUUGAUCCAAGGAAUAUCAAUCAUUUAACCUAUAUUCGGAUGGACCAAAAUAAGCUUACAGCUCCAAUAAGCACAUAUGCAUUCUUCUGCUUUCCCCACAUACGCAUUAUUUAUUAUGGUGAACAAAAAGGUAGUGUCAGCCAAUCAACACAACUGAGAACUCCAGUUGUCCGCAGAUUUUUAACACCAGAAGAAUAUGAUGAAGCAGAAGAUGGUCACGAAACAGAAGAUGGUCAUGAAGAAGGAGAAAGAGAAGAUGACUACUUUCAUCCUUACUUUUAAUGAAGUAAUUAUAAAGUACAAGGAAAGUAUGAAUUUUUCUGUAUCAGCUCAAUAGUGGUUAAAUCAGAUUCCAAGUAUAUACAACAGUGCUUUCUAACCUUUUCCUGGCAACUAAUUAUUAUGUGAGUGAACUAAUCCUUAACUGUACCAAUCAUUACCCUUUCCCUUUCCCUCAUAUUCCAACUCAGAAGAGAACUUGGUUAUACUAGUUUUGCAAUUUGGGCUAAACUUUUUGCAUAUAUUUUUGUUUAUUUUAAUUUUAAAUAUAUACUGAGUGGUUUUGGUUUAACACAACUGAAAGCAUAAAAAUGCUCUUAAUUUGAGAAAAACAUUUAGGACCUUAACUGUGAAACUGGUCUGCAUCAUUUGUACAGUAUCUGUAUCAUCUAAAUUCAAAAGAAAAUGCACAAUGAGUAGUUUCUUAAUCGUUUCAAUUUCGUGCAGUAUUGCAACAUUAGAAUUAGAGAGAAGAUUCAUUAAAUAGCAGUUGUCAUAUAAAACAUAGCAACAUUAAAAAGACGUGAGAAAAAACAAAAAUAUUUUCUGAUCUAGCUUGGACAAUAACUAUUGAUAUAGGUUUUAUUCCUUAUUCCUUUUUUCCCAUAGAUGAAUAAGUUAUGUUGCUUUACUUUCUGUGCCAUUAUACACUCAAAAGCACACACUCCAUAUUUUCAGGUUUCAGAGUAGCAGCCGUGUUAGUCUGUAUCCGCAAAAAGAACAGGAGUACUUGUGGCACCUUAGAGACUAACAAAUUUAUUAU